CUGCCCGAGAGUCCCGGGCCCGGGGCUGUGUCCAGCCUGCAGCCCAGGAGCCCGGCGGCACGGUUGAUGGUGUUCUGAUCAGCAGCAUUCCGGGAAGAAGAUGGCUCAGCCGGCACCCCUGAACCAGAACCUCCCAGAUCUUGGGGGCCCAUUUUUGUAUCGGGACCAGGACGAUGGAGAGAAGAGCUCAUAUUCUGUGGAAACCCCUUAUGGCUUCCUGCUGGACCUUGAUUUCCUGAAAUAUGUCGAUGAUAUUGAAAGUGGCCAAACACUCAAGAAAGUGCCGCUGCCUCGCAGGGUGAGAGGGUCCCGUGCGCCGCCCAGCACGCUGCGCAGCCCCAGCAGCCACGCCAGCGCCUGGACCUCCACCGAGUCGCUCACCUCCACGGCCAGCGAGGAGGGCAGGACUGCGCUGCUGCUGUCCCCACACGGCCGAGCAGCCCCGGAGCCUGCGAGCAAGCCAACCUCCCACCCCAUCUCACCUCCGCCAGUGCGGCUGCUCCCACCUCCCACCCGCAAGUGCCUCGUGCCAAACCCACGGGUGGAGAAGACCUUGCUGGAGACAAGCAGGAGGCUGGAGCAGGAGCAGGGCCGUUUGCAGGAUAUUGGUGGUCCCUCCCACGUUGGCCUGCCGGGUGCCCUGGGCCAGCCACCCCACUGGGUGCCAGUGGGCGCCGAGGGCCAGGCGGGCUGGGGCCGGGUGAGCCCCGGCAGCUCGGGGCGCAGCACUCCCGCCGCAGGGCUCGGCACGGCCCCGCUGCAGCACGUGCGGGAGCAGAUGGCUGCAGCCCUGCGGCAGCUCCGGGACCUGGAGGAGCAGGUGAAAACCAUCCCCCUCCUGGAGAUGCAGAUCUGCGAGCUGAAGAGGGAGAAGGCAAAGUUGCUGGAGAAGCUGUCGGCAGAGCCCGGCGAGGCAUUGUAUCACCCCUGUGGCUCUGAGGCAGGGGGUGAGGAGGGGCCCCGUACAGGGCCAGAGAGUGAAGCAGAGCCAGCGAAGGGGCGAACGAGCAAAAUUGCAGAGCUGAGGAAGCUGACAGAGAAGCUGGCUGUGCCGGAGCGGAACGCCAGAGCUUGGCCAGGCAAGAGCCCCAGGGUGGCAGAGCGGCCGUGCCGCUCCGUGGCUGUGGGUGAGGACCGGGCCAUGACAGAUGCCGUCUUCUACUACCGCUCGCAGCAGGAGAGUGGGGACACGCCAGACAGCGGCACACGGGGACGCCGGGAUGUGGCUGUCUGGGUGAUAGAGUCCUCGCUGGGGCUGGCCACUGAGGCAGAGCGGGAGCUGGAGCUGCUGCAGCAGACGGUAGGGCACCAGAAGGAGGUGAUCACCCUGAUGGAGGGGCACCUGCAGGAGGCCACGCGGGAGCUGGAGGAGCUGCGGCUGGAGGUGUGCGCCCGCCGGCCCCGCGGGCAGGUGGACAAGGAAGUGAUGGCCGUGCCGCAGGUGGCCGAGGCACUGGUGGAGGCUGUGGUAGUGACACAGAGCCGGGCAGCUGGUGACCCCCCAAAGACAGCGGAGGCAGGUGUGGAGUGCUGCCCCCCAACCUCCUGUGUCGCCGUGGGCUGCCGCCCUGACGGGCGCGACGUGGCAGUCGGACCCGAUUCAGCUGCCAGCUGCGAUGACAAGGGCAGCCAGACAGAUGUGGGCAGCGUUGCCCUGGCAGGAGAGGAGAAGGAGCCCGGUGCAGGUGAGGUGAUGGAGCCUGGCCGGGGUGAUGGCCUGAGCAGCCCCUCGGUGCCGGGUGCAGGAGCAAUGGCAGGGACGUGCCCAGAGAGCCAAGGCCCUGGGCCAGCUGUGCUGGAGACGACAGACAGCAACCGGGACCCAGCCCCAGCACAGGACAGUGGAGCUGCCCCAAGCCCUGCAGCCGGAGCCCUGAAGUCCAUCAUGAAGAAGCGGGAUGGUCCUCCCCGGAGCGAGGCAGAGGGCAGCAAGAAGAGCCUGCAGUUUGUGGGCGUGCUGAACGGGGAGUAUGAGAGCACAUCCAGUGAGGAGGAUGAAGAAGGCAACAGCUCCUCUGAGAAGGCUUCAGCUGACAGCUCCAACAGUUCAGAGCAGGGAGACACCGAAACCUCAGAAGAGGAGGCAGGAGAAGGCACCUGCGAGCCCAGACUGGAGUGCAAGGGGACUGAUGUGACCCUGCUGGAGCCCCCUGAGGUGAAGGAAAAGUUCGAGCUGAGCCCCAGGAUGAGGGAGGCCUGCCUCAUUGUCAAGACCCACCUGGGCCAUCCAGGUGCUGCCAAGAGCAAAGAGGUGCUUGCCAGCAGCAGCCUCGUCCUUCAGGAGUGGUUCCGUCUGUCCAGCCAAAAGUCGUCCAUCCCUGACACGGUGGCCAACCACCUCCUGGCCUUUGCCGAGCUCUCCCCGGCUCUCCUGGCCCACGUGGUGAACCUGGCAGACGGGAAUGGCAACACAGCCCUGCACUACAGUGUCUCCCACUCCAAUUUCCACAUCGUGUCGCUGCUGCUGGAUACGGGGAUCUGUAACGUAGACCACCAGAACAAAGCUGGGUACACCGCCCUGAUGCUGGCAGCACUGGCAGCUGUUGAGCAGGAGGAGGACAUGAAUGUGGUCAGGAGGCUUUUCAGCAUGGGCAACGUCAACGCCAAGGCCAGCCAGGCUGGCCAGACGGCGCUGAUGCUGGCUGUGAGCCACGGGCGGCAGGAGAUGGUGGAAGCCCUGCUGGCCUGCGGGGCUGAUGUGAACCUGCAGGAUGAGGAGGGCUCCACGGCGCUCAUGUGUGCCUGCGAGCACGGCCGCCUGGAGACCGUGAGGCUGCUGCUGGCCCAGCCCACCUGCAGCGUCUCCAUCGUGGACAGUGACGGUAACAACGCUGUUGCCAUCGCGCUGGAGGCCGGUCACGGCGACAUCGCUGCGCUCCUCCACGCCCACCUCAACAGCACCAAGCAGGGGACUUCACCAACAACCACAAAGAGCCCUGGGAGUCCGAAGAAACCAAAUUAGAGUGAUCCAGCCAGGGGCCACCAUCAGCACUGGGCUGUGAUUCACAUCCCCCACCUGCCACCUCUCUGUGCCAAACCGCUCUCUGCAGCUUCACUCCUGCCACAAGCACCAUCCCUGCGCCUCC